ACUAUUAAACAAAUAAAACCUCGUUUUCGGAAACCCAAAAACGCUCGCUCGCUCGCACGCUCGCUCCCCUAGGGUUUCCGCUUAUCGUUGGAGCGGCCCAAAUCGAAGGCCGAAGCUCGCGAUCUCCUCGAUUCGAUCGAUCGACGUGGGCAACGAAGUCGAAGCGAAGCCGCUGAGAGGAAUCGAGAUUGUUCGGAGUGAGCGAUUUCGCCAAAGGAUCGGUUCCGUUUCCCGUUUUUCUAGGGUUUCGAUUUGAUCUAUUCAUAGCUGUUCUAAUUAGUUUCGAGGAUAAGAAUUUGAGUUGUUACAUCGAAAUAGUGAAGAUUAGAUAGGGUUGUAAUCCAUCAAAGUUGUGGUUUUUAGGGUUUUCGAUCGGUGAUCGUUGUAAUCGAAAUAAUGGAUUUUUGUUCUUGUGAUGUUUGAAACCAGCUCCGCACAGUAGUUUUUUUUUAAUUUUUUCCCCUUAUUUUCGUUAUAUUAUUUGUUUUCUUUUUCCUCUUCUUCUUUGUUCUUGUCAUCUGGAAAGAAAAAAAAAAGAAAAGAAAAAAACCCCAGAACAAAAGACUGAUUAUUAAUUGCCUUUGUUCUUUUGCUUCAUCGCUGGAGGGGAUUUUAUCUGGCAUACAUAAAAAAAGAGAACGAAACUUGUAUAUUUAUAUAAUUUUGAGGCAAAAAAUAAAGUAUUGGGUGAGGAAAUAAAAUAACCAUCAUAUACGCAAUGGGGAGCUCUGGAGUAUCUAAGCCGAAUAAGGGGUACCUUGGAGUCACCGAGCCGAUUUCCUGGAGUGGGCCAAAUGACUUUGAUGUGAUCAAGACCCAGGAGCUAGAAAAGUUUCUUGCGGAUGUUGGACUGUAUGAGAGCCAGGAAGAGGCAGUGGCUCGAGAAGAGGUGUUGGGGAGAUUGGAUCAGAUUGUGAAGGUUUGGGUUAAAAAGGUGAGCAGGGCCAAGGGUCUCAAUGAGCAGUUUGUCCAAGAAGCAAAUGCUAAGAUCUUCACAUUUGGUUCUUACCGUCUUGGGGUACAUGGCCCUGGUGCAGAUAUUGACACAUUAUGUGUCGGCCCAAGACAUGCAACUAGAGAAGAAGACUUCUUCAUAGAACUACAUAAUAUGCUAGCUGAGAUGCCAGAAGUGGCAGAACUACAUCCUGUCCCUGAUGCUCAUGUACCUGUAAUGAAGUUUAAGUUUAAUGGAGUAUCUAUAGAUCUUUUGUAUGCAAGGCUGUCGCUUUGGGUGAUUCCUGAAGAUUUAGAUAUUUCGCAGGAUUCUAUUUUGCAGAAUGCUGAUGAACAGACUGUUCGUAGCUUGAAUGGGUGCAGAGUAACGGAUCGAAUUUUACGUUUGGUGCCUAGUAUCCAGAACUUUCGGACAACCUUGAGAUGUAUGAGAUUUUGGGCCAAGCGUCGCGGAGUUUACUCAAAUGUUGCAGGAUUCCUCGGUGGUAUAAAUUGGGCACUCCUCGUCGCACGUAUAUGCCAGUUGUAUCCAAAUGCGCUCCCCAGCAUGCUGGUCUCUCGGUUCUUUAGGGUUUACACACAGUGGAGAUGGCCUAACCCGGUGAUGCUAUGCAGUAUUGAGGAGGGUACCCUCGGACUUCCUGUGUGGGAUCCACGAAGGAAUUUCAGGGAUAGGCUCCACCAGAUGCCCAUAAUAACGCCCGCCUACCCAUCCAUGAAUUCCAGCUACAAUGUCUCUUCUAGUACUUUGCGUGUUAUGACCGAGGAGUUUCAACGUGGAUUUGAUAUAUGUGAGGCAAUGGAAGCAAAUAGAUCUGAGUGGGAUACUCUGUUUGUGCCCUAUCCGUUCUUUGAAGCCUACAAACACUAUCUGGAGAUUGACAUAACAGCAGAAAAUGAAGACGACCUCCGGAAAUGGAAAGGCUGGGUAGAAUCUCGUCUUCGCACUCUCACCUUGAAGAUCGAAAAACACACAUAUGGAAUGCUCCAAUGCCACCCCCACCCAGGCGACUUCUCUGACAAAUCGAAGUCAUUCCACUGCUGCUUCUUCAUGGGCCUAAGAAAAAAACAGGAUGCACCAACCCGGGAAGGUGAACAAUUUGAUAUUAGGGCAACUGUCGAAGAGUUUAAGCUUGCUAUCGGCAUGUAUAGUCUAUGGAAACCCGGAAUGGAAAUCCAAGUCUCUCAUAUAAAGCGUCGAAACGUCCCUUCUUUUGUCUUUCCAAAUGGCAUUAGGCCUUUACGCCCUCCACCCAAAGCAGACAAAGAAACUAGCAGUCAGAAAAAGCUGGCUUCUGAAAGUGUUCCUGCUGGUGACGAAGGUCCUUCUGGUACAAUAAACACCAAAGAAGCUGUCGAGUCGAGAAAGAGGAAACAACUGGGGGAUCCCACAGAGGCGAGUCCGGAAUUCAAAGUACCCAAAAUUGUCGAGAAAAGCUCUCCUGCUGCUAAUGUGUGCCCUGAAGAAGCAGAAGCACUUGCUAUCACGAAAAUAAUAGGUGGUGGGGGAUUAUCUACAGCUGGUGCAGAAGCGCCUCCCGAGCAGCUUGAUGAGCUGGAUUACUUGGAAUCAGAGGUACAAAAGAAAGAUUUCGAAGGCGAUAAUAGCAACUCUAUUGAGUCUUUGACUGCAAAAAAUAGUGCUGCACAAAAUGGAAGUAUACCCAGCAAUUUUACGAGCAAUGGAGGCGUUGAAGAGCUUGAGGUCUUUGCCUUUUGUAUUCUGUUUCUUUUUCUUUUCAUUUAUCAUUUCCUGAUUAUUGGUGGUUGUAAAGAGAAGUUAGUAGCUGUCUUCAUUAUUUAUUUGCAACACCAUAUUUGUACUACACUACUAUUUGAUUGCCACUCUGCUUUGUAUAAUGGACAUAGAGGAAUUUUUAGUGAAUACUAUGUUUUACGGCAUGUAAUUUUUGGGUGAUUA